AUGCCGGAGUUGUUCUUCGAUGUCGAGACAACCGGCCUCCCUCCCAGGAAAGCAAACCCGGAGACAUUUGAACAGUACGACUCGUGCCGGGUGGUGUCCAUCGCAUGGGUCCUGCGCGACCAGAAAACCGUCUACUCCCAGAGGUAUUCGGUGACUGACCCCGGCAUCGCGGACGACAAUAUCGGAGCCGAGUUCGUGCACGGAAUAUCGAGAGCCGUCAUGGACAGGUACGGAAACGCAGUGAGUGUCGUCCUCUCUGACUUCAUGGCGGAUGUCAACAAAUCCGACAAGAUUGUCGCGCACAACCUCGACUUCGACAGGAGUGUGGUGUCGGCGGAGCUGUUCAGGAUGGGCUCGGCCGACGACGCUCGGCGGCUGAUGAGCUUCAACAGCUUGUGUACCAUGAAGAGCACCACCAACCUCGUGCGAAUCCCGAACUCGUAUGGGUCGUACAAGUGGCCAAAGCUGGAGGAACUGCACAAAUUUCUCUUCGGCCAUGUCUUUGAGAACGCCCACCACGCCAUGUGCGACGUCGACGCCAUGGUGAAGUGCUACUUCACGCUCUUGGAGAAGCACGCCUCAAACAAAAAGAAAAAAGAUAAAACAAAUCUAGGCGGCUGA